AUGGCAAACGAGCCCAAAAACCCGGACGAACUACUGAAAGGCUUUCAAAUUAAUUGGAUUUGUCUAAGAGAUGCGGACGGCGGCAAAAUCUUCUGGCAGGGCUCCGACGAUUUGAGUUACCCGGACGUCGAACAUGAAGCUCGAGUACCUAAGAACAUCCUCAAAUGUCGUGCAGUAUCUAGAGAGUUUAACUUUAGCUCCAAGGAGCAAAUUAACAAAUUUAGGUUGGAACAGAAGGUUCUAUUUAAAGGAAGGUGUCUUGAGGAGUGGAACUUUGAAUUUGGUUUUGUUAUGUCAGAGUCGACAAAUACAUGGCAAUCCAUUAUGGAGGCCGCGCCUGAAUCGCAAAUGAUGCCCGCUUCAGUAUUGAACGGAAAUAUAGUAAUUGAAACGAAAUUUUUCGACGACGAUCUGCUCAUAUCCACGUCGAGGGUGAGGCUAUUUUACGUUUAA